GGGUUGCUUCUUGGUGUCCAUAGUAACUGCACAGUCACUUUGCACAUUGUGCACCGCAACCAAAAUAUAAACCACAAAAAACAACUAACCAAUCAACUACAUUUCCUGGAAAAGUGUGCAUACAUCAUGCACGUGUGCCUCAUACACUGUCUUUCAACCUCCCAUGCUCUUCACAAAUGGAUGGAUUGCAUAUUAUUCGUCUUGUUCUCUUUGGAGUUUUUUCCUGCUGUCAAAGUGUGAUUUCCGAAUCCACAUUGGAAGUGACAGCCCAACCUGGAGACAACAUCACUCUGUACUGUGACUGCAAAUUAACCAUUGGAGUUUACAUAAUAUGGUACAGGAACUGUUCUCACGAGAACACUCUUGUUCUAAGACACAAAUCUGUGUCAUCUGAUGCUAUCAAACCCUUUUCUCAUUUUCACUUUGUGAGGAAUGAUUCCUCUAAUUCCCGAGACCUCAUGAUUUUAAAUGUCACUGAUUCUGAUGAAGGCCUCUACUACUGUGGAACAGAAGAGCAGCACGAGGGGGAUAAAGAAGUCAUCCCUGCUAUGUAUAUUUACACAUAUGGCAAUUCUACAACAAGAAUUAAAUUAGGAAAACCAUCCAUCUCACAAGAAAAAAUAAUUGUCAGUGUAACCCGUGUGUCGUGGAUGGUGGUGCUCACUCCAGCCUUUACCAUUCUCUCCUCCCUCUUCUCCUUUAUUCUGGUGUAUCACGUCUGUCAGAAAACAGAAAAAGGAUCUCAAGAUCAUCAGAAAAGAUUGAGUAUCAAAAGACGAUGGAAGCAGAAUAUGGAUGAAGACUUGUGUUUAACGCGAGUUGUGUUCCUGCCUCAAGAUGGACAAACACACCAAUCAGAAGACAAACAUAUAACUACCCCUGUCCUUAACUUAGAAUUAUGAGGCUUAUAAUCAGCCAUGUAUUUUUUUCAACCUAUUAAUGAUUAUUUUGGGGCACUUUUUUUUUAAUGUUUUUUUUUUCUUUCCUCAUUGUUCCAGCUACAGUAUAUGUUAAAGGCUGCUUCUUGUGUCACAAACCAGGCCGCACAGCUAUGACAAAAAAGGUCAUCAUGUGAUUAAAUUUUAAAAAUAAAUAUUUAUCAAUACACCUCUGCUGCCCAUGACCCUGUUGCUGGUUCACCACUGUUCCUUCCAUGGAACACUUUUAAUAGACACUGACCACUGCAGAUCAGGAACUCCCCCAAGAGCUGCAGUUUUGGAGAUGCUCUGACCCAGUCAUCCAGCCAUCACAAUUUAGCCCUCGUCAAACUUGCUCAAAUUCUUACGUUUGCCCAUUUUUCCUGCUUCUAACAUCAACUUUGAGGAAAAAAUGUUCAUUUGCUCCCCAAUACAUCCCAUCCACUAACAGGUGCCAUGAUGAAGAGAUAAUCAGUUAUCCUCGUCACCUGUCAGUGGUCAUGUUAUGCUUGAUCAGUGUAUGUGACAAUUA